AGAGAGAGAGAGGCACUGUGCGCGACGCCCACGACACCUUACCUUCUCUCUGCUCCAGCCUCCAGCACGCGGCACAAGAGAGGGAGAAAUUAGUGGAUGGAUGUAUAUACUACUAUACAUAAUAAUUCAUUGUCUACCUUACCUUAUAUGAAAGGCACCCGCCUUGCUCCUUGGAACUUUUUCUCCUUCCUCUGCCUGCACCUUCCUCCUCCUGCUCUUGUGUCGGCCGCGGGCCACCGGAGAGGGGGAGGCAUGAGAGGAUGGUGACGUUGCUCCGGCCGCACCGCCACGCCCAUGGGCCGGCCGCCGUCAGCGUUCGCCGCCUCAGCACAAGACACAGCCAACACCAGCUGCCGCCGCCGCCGCCGCUCCCUGGCCCCGGCAGCGUCGUCGUCGUCCUGAGGCCCAUGGCACAGGACCCCUCCCACCCGCACCGCCAGAGCAAGGACGACACCGCCGCGCCACCGCAGCAGCCAGAGAUACCGCGCGACGUCCGGGAAGCAGCGGCCAGCACCAGCGCAAGCAGCGGCGGAAGCGACGCCGGUUCCUCCUGGCUCCAGCUCGGGAUCGGCGGCCCGUCUUCGGCGUCCCCGCCGCCGUCACCCCCGCACCGGCUGAAACGGCCGAGGCCCGAUGACGACGCAGGCCCUUCGGUGUCCGUAUCCGUACAGCCGGCGGCUGCGCCCCUGCUCCCGCCGCCGCAGCUGCAACUGCAGCUUUCUCUGCAACCAGGGCCUUCGUCCUCGUCCUCGGCAGCGCCGGUGGGGGCAGUGGUGGCGGCGGCGCCGCCACCUCCCGCCCACGAGGCCGGCCUGUGGUUCCUGCUCCGGGCAGCCCAGAACCAGAGGAGGGAGCCGCCAUUGCUGCAGAUCCCCAGGAGCUUCUUGAGGGUUAGAGAGGGGAGGAUGACAGUUAGAGUAGUGAUGAGGUACCUUGUUAACAAGCUGGGCCUUGACGACGAUUCACAGUUAGAGAUUACCUGUCGAGGGCAACACCUUCAACCGACAAUGACGCUGCAGCAGGUCCGUGACACCAUUUGGCGGCCAGUGCCGGCUGAGGCUGCAGCGGUUUUGCCGGCCCCCGGCUCACCAAGCACAAGCCAGGUCAUGACUCUGCAUUAUGGCAGAUGCUAGCACAUGGAGAGCGGAGCAACAACAGACAACUUUUCACACUGUAAUUAGAUUUUCAGUGCCCACAGGCACUGAUCCCCCUUUUUCCCAUCCCCUAACAUCUAAUCCUCACCACAGAAUUCACUGAGAAAGAAUAGUAGAACACCAAGGACAGUAGAUUAUAGGUAACACCCAAAUGUAAUUGUACUUCAAAACCCUGAGAAAUAAUUCUUUCAUAUUUAUUUACUUCACAGACUUAUUUUCUUCCAA